AUGCACCACAUGAAGUUCCUCUCAGUCGCUGUAGCUGCUCUCAUCAGCUCUACCUUCGCUGCGCCAGUAGCCCAGGAAGAAGUCGACCCAGUCGAUGCUGCGCCGUUCAAGGGCGGCCAGUGUGGCGUUCACAUCAAGCAAGAUCGCCUGGAGAACGGAGUGGACUACUAUCCCUACUUCAGGAUGACCAUGAGAGACGGCAGCGGCGAGGAUGUCGGCGAUGACUGCUCUACAUACGUCGCCAACGUCGAUGAUCCAGACUUGGAGAAAUACCCGGGCACUCUUACAUGCCAACGAGGAGACUUCCCACACGGCGUUGAGUGUCAAAUUGCGAAUGACUCUAAGUCUUGGCAUUGCACGUACCCAAGUCCUGAGGGACCAUAUACUUUUGGCUUCGAAGAUGGCAAAGGCCAAGGAUGUUCAGUUGGAAAGGUGGACGGAACAUCGGGCACUCAAGACUUCGACUGUGGUUUCAACUGCUAA